AUGGUCUGCAAACGUCUGGCGACCGGCCUCGUGACGUGGAGGAGUUUGCCCAGGGCAACGUGCUGGAGAGGUAUUGGUACGACAGCACAGCGGAGAACGCUCGCUUCCAGCUACCAAGGGCUUAGUUUUAGCCAGGGCCCAAGUGAGCCACCGCUUCUCACACAAACCAUCCCCGAACACUUUUCUCAAGUUGUAUCCCUUCAUGGUGACCUCCCUGCCGUCAUAGCGCGCGCCCCCACCGCCCUAACCUCGUCGUCGGCCUCCACGUCAACCCCGCUGCCGCCCGCCUCGACCGCUAUGCUGACAUACGCCUCCCUCGACGCCCUCUCCAACACCCUCGCCUCGUCCCUCCGCACUCUCGGCAUCCGAAAGGGCGACCGCCUUGCCGUAUCCCUCGGCAACGGCCCCGAGUUCGCCGCCCUGACCUAUGCCGCCUUCAAGCUCGGCGCCGUGCUGGUCCCGCUGAACCCGGGGUUCAACGCGAAGCAGGUUGGCGCAGCGCUUCGGCACCUGAGCGUCGAAGUGUUCGUCAUCGGAAAGGUCACGGAUCUGCCGUACAAGCCGUGCCGUGGACGGAGCAACCUUGACCUUUUGCAGACGCUAGUGCCGGACCUGGACAAGGGCAAGGUCGAGAGCGAGCAGGUGCCGAGCUUGAGAACCGUUAUCGUGCUGGACAACGCGGCCUCGCACCCGCUGGUGGACUUCCCCGCAUUCAGGGCGCUGACGCCGUACGAUGUGCUGCUGGACGGGUCCGACGGGCCCAUCGUUCCGGACGCGCCGCUGGACCCCGGUGAGACAAUCAACAUCCAGUUCACUUCGGGGACGACGUCCCAUCCCAAAGCGGCGAUGCUGACGCACACGGGCAUCCUGAACAACGGCCGCCUGAUCGCGCAGAGGAUGGGGCUUGUGCCGCGGGACAGGAUCGUCGUGCCGCCGCCGCUGUUCCACUGCUUCGGGUGCGUGCUGGGCUACAUGGCGACGGCGACCUCGGGGGCGGCGAUCCUGUUUCCGAGCCCAGCGUUCGACCCGGCGGCGACGGUGAAGAUGGUCGCCGACUACGACGCCACGGGACUGUACGGCGUGGCGACCAUGUUCGUGGCGGUGAUGGAAGCGCUGGCGGCCGGGAGCGCGGCGAGGCCCGAGGACAUGCCGCGGGGGCUGAGGAAGGGCAUCGCGGCGGGGAGCUCGGUGCCAGAGAGCCUCAUGCGGAGGCUGUACGAGACGCUAGGCCUGCAGGACCUGGUUAUCUGCUACGGCAUGACGGAGACAAGCCCCGUGAGCUGCAUGACGGCGCCCGACGACGCCUUCGAGAAGCGGACGGGGAGCGUCGGGCGCGCGAUGCCGCACACGGCCGUCAAGAUUGUCGACCCGCAAGACAGGGGGCGUAUCGUGCCGCGAGGGGAGCGCGGGGAGCUGGCGGCAUCGGGGUACCUCGUGAUGAAGGGGUACUGGGGCGACGAGGAGAAGACCCGGGAGGUCCGGCGGGAGGAGGCGGACGGGCGGGUGUGGAUGUACUCGGGCGACGAGGCACUCAUGGACGACGAGGGGUACGUCCAGAUCACGGGGCGGAUCAAGGACCUCAUCAUCCGCGCGGGCGAGAACAUCCACCCGCUCGAGGUAGAGAACUGCCUCUUCCAGAUGGAAGGGGUGCAGGAGGCCGCCGUGGUGGGCGUGCCGGACGAGAAGCUCGGGGAGAGCGUGGCCGCCUUCGUGGUUCCUCAGAAAGGCUGGGUCGUGGACGGCGAGGGGUCCGCGGGGGAGAAGGAGGGGAUCACGAAGGAGGGCGUGAGGCGGUGGGUGCGGGAGCACCUGUCGAGCCACAUGGUGCCGAAGCAUGUCUUCUGGGUGGACGAGUACCCCAAGACGCCGAGCGGGAAGAUUCUGAAGUUCAAGCUGAGGGGCAUGGCCAAGGGGCUUCUUCAGGCGGACGAGGAGUCAUAG